CACCAUCUUUCCUGUGUACCAGAUGCAAGUCAAGUGCAUUGGUGCACACUUCAGUUUCUAUCUUGAGAAUAUUUGAAGAACAGCUCCACAAGACGCUGACUCAGUGCAGCAGAAAAACUAAAUAAGAGCCUACCAUCUGGAAAAAUGCUUUUGCUCGAUUAUGGAGACCAUCGAAGUCUAGACUGAGUAAUUAUAAAUCAGUGGAAUUAUGUCUGAUAUUUAAAUGUUACAUUAGGUAUCUUGUAAGUAGAUUUUCUGCGUGUACUUUACAAUAAACUGUAAGGAUUUUUGAGUUUACUUUAUACUUUUUAACUUUAAAUAGAUAUAUGCUAUUUUGUUCUGUUUUCCUGCUGCUUUAACUCAAAAUUCUUCUUUUCCUCAAUACUCACAAAUGAUAAGUUUACUGGAAAUGUUGAAUUAAACUGUUCUAUUACAGCUUCAAUAUAUACUUUGCAUCUAGAUUUGAUUAUUCGCUAUAUUAUACAGACUCUGUUUCUCAGUUUGCAAGCGAAACAAAGCCUUCAAGCCUUUGAACUCAGCUGUUCAUAUUCGGAAUGGAUAGGCCUUUAUCAGGGGUGAUAAUUCAAGACUGGAAUCCAAAUCUUUAAUCUUUAUAAAGCUAGAUCCUGAGAAAUGAAAUUCUAAUAAUGCAAGGGGCAGAGCAGAAGAAUGAAAGAACAGCUGUUUUUUGUAAAUUCCUAAGUCACAAACCCACACUCAGCUAAAGACAGAGAGGCUGUCAAGGGCAGGGUAAGAGGGAGGGACACUGAAGAAAAAGAAGAAGAAGAGGGGGGAAUAGGGGCUCACAGAGAGUGCACUGUUAGAGGACAGAGGAGAGGACUGCGUGUUAACGGCCAGCGUAGGUAGAUCGCCGGUCGAACGCUGCUGCCACAAGUCCGAACGGAGUGAAACAGUGAGAAACAGAGAGGGAGAUUCACACGUACGAGGAGAGAAGCGGAGUAUAGCAGGAGAGCGUUGUGACUGUUUGGGCAACAGGAGCUCGUGGUAGCCAGGAAGAGGGCAGCCAAGCCGGAGGAGAUGCUGUGAGGCAGCAUGCCAAGUGAUGGAGCUUGAAGCAGCCAGCAGGCAGGCACAAUUAGUCAGAAUGGAUGACCAGGACAGAGUAAGCCAAACUUCCAGCGUGGCCACCAUUUCCUACUUUCCUGUCAUAAAGGAAAGUGAUGGAAAGGUGCAAGCAUUUGGGAAAAGAUGCCAGGCUGCCAAGAGAGACCCCAACUGCCCAGUGGUCAUUAGAGGAUGGCUCAACAAAAAAGAUAGCUCUGGUUUGAAGCUAUGGAAGAGAAGAUGGUUUGUCCUCUCCAACUACUGUCUGUUUUACUAUAAAGACAGUAGAGAAGAAUCUGUAUUCGGCAGCAUCCCGCUCCCAAGCUACAAAAUCCUGUUCUGCACACCACGAGAAUGCAAGAACAGGAAGUUCACCUUCAAGGUGGUGCACCAGGGAAUGCGCUCCUAUUAUUUCAGCGCGGACACUCAAGAGGAUAUGUUGGGUUGGGUGCGGGCCCUUAGCCAGUCUGCUGCAAUGGAGCCAGACAGCUCCAUGAACAGGCGCUGCUCAAGUUAUCAGGAUUUCACGCAGUUAGGUGGCAGCAGUGAAUCAGUGAACUUUCCUAAAUCCCCCUCUGAUGGAGAGGGUCCCUCCCAAAAACACAGGCACGUCAGCAGGACUCUGAGUGAACCAGGUCAGCUCUCUGGUGGGAGGAUGGGGACGUCGCACUCAGAGCAGAGGGGGAGGCGGAGUGUGCGUCAGAGAAACAGCAGCCCUUCAAACAGAACACCCAGUCCCCCUGAAUUCAGCCGAAGAAGAACUUGUGGUCCAGAUCAAGAGGAAGAUUCCCUUCCUGGCCAAAACACACCACCCACGCAAACUGAAAUUAUGGGAACAGGUUAUUUGUCCUCCAGAGGUCAGCUGGGGUCACGACCUCAUACACCAGUGGGAAGGGUUGACAUUCGACCUCACGAUGACCCAGUCAUAGUGCCACAGACCCUAUACUAUGCACCUCCCUCACCUAAGCUGGAGUUCAAAUCCACUCCCAAUACCCCUGUCUCAGAAAGGUGGCAGAACCUAAGCAAGCCUACACCUACAUAUGGUUCAGUUCAUCAUAUCCCGUGCGAGAGAAGACCUUUAGGAAAGAGCUACGCUACAGGGGCACAUGCAGACUUACUGCCCCCUUUGCCCCCCUUGUCGAGAGCCACACAUGCUCCCCACCACCCACACCACCACCACCAUCAUCACCAUCACCGCAACCAUUUAUCUGUUUGUGUUCUACCGCCAGCUACGGCCUCAAAGCCUGACUCAAGGGAAACCCCACCAAUCAGACCUCUUCAAAGUGGUGCAGAUGCUGUGUUGACAAGGUUGUGCGGGUGUGACAAGCUGCUACAGUCACUGUCUGUUGAACUGGCACAGCUGCAAAUGGAUAAGGAUAGUGUCCAGUGUGCGUUAGAGGUGUCCAGACUGCAGCUGGAGGACUGGCAGAGCCAGGGGCCCCGGGCCCAGGAAGAGGCAUUGACCCAGAAGGCUUUGCUCCAGGAAGAGCUGGUCACAAUCCGGGCCAGAAUGUGUGACGUAUCAUUGGAAAUGGAGAGGGUGUGGAGUCAAUAUGAGAGAAUGGAAAGUGAACUGUCUGUUAUACGCUCACACCUUCAGCACAUCUGUAACUUUGGAAUACCACAGGAGCAGUCUCAGGCUCAGAGGGAGCUUUGGAUGAUGGAGGACAUCCUCGCUGGACUGAAGGUGAACAGGGAACAUUUCCGCUUCUUGCUGGGACCACAGAGGCACCACAUGUUCCAGCCGGCAGCCCCACAUCCUGGAUCCCCUGGCUCUCCCACAGAGAGGCUGCAGAGUGGACUGCCAAUGGAUGCGGCACAAGAGCCACCAGUUCGCCCAGCGUUACCCCAGGAGCUACAGGAAAGCCAACAGAGCAGGGACCAGGGCCAUGGCUAUACAGAGUCACCAUAUGAGGGAAUCUACAGCCACACUAUUGAUCCUACACAUAGAAGGGGGAGCAGCCAGCCUGACCUCCUUAAUGUGAAAGCACAGAGAGACGCAUCCGAAUCUCAAUCUGGUUCAAAGUGGAACCCACCGGACACAACCAACCAAUCAACCAAGAAAAUGAAGAUGAGUGAAGAAGAGCAGAUCGAGAGGAUGAAGAGAAAUCAAGAGAGGUUGACUAAUAGGAAGAAACCUCCCAUACCCACCCCUGGUGCCCAGAGUCAAAGUUCAGAAACGAGAGAGGAGGCCCCCUUUCCUUUAAGGGUGACACGAGUUGUUACAGCCGUACUGCCGUCAUCCCUUGUGGCCCGACGGGUUUCUGUUGAGGAUCCUCCAGCUGAGCUUGACACUCCACUGCCUGAGCAAAUCCCACCUGAGAUGCAGCAAAGACUGGCUGAGCAGAGUAAAAUGUUGAAUAAGCCACCUAGGCGUCUGCUGCCGGAGAGCCCUGAUCAAAACCGGUCUUGGGCAGAAAUGCACCAGAAUCAGCCCGUUAAAAGGACAAGCAGACAGCAGCAUCUGGGAGUAUUGAGGUCUUCCAUGAAAGAGUCACGGCCGGACAUGAGCAGAGGAGAGUCUACAGAGACCUCACGGAAUCAAGUUCGAGACCAUGCAGGAUUAGGAAAUGGAAGAUUGAGCUCGGACAUUAGGCUGCCUGAGCAGGUGGAGGAACAACCCCCUGCCCUCCUGACCCCUGACAUGGACCCUGACCUCUGUCUGACCCCUGAGCAGAGAGAGGCCAAACUCCGACGUGUGGAACGAAUACGGGAGAGAGUCAUACGAAGCGCAGCCAGAGAGAGUGUUACUACACACAAUCAACUACCAAUCAGGGGGGAGGGGCAGGAAGUUCACCAGGUGCCCCCUAACACAGCUAGAAAACAAAGGAUGAAAUCAGACAAUGAAAACAAGCCAUCUUACGAUGGCUGCGGAGACUGUGAGGAUAACACGAGAAGUCCUGCAGAACCUCGGCUUUCCAUUGGGACAUCUCAGGAUGAAGAACAAAGAGAUGGACAUGUGAAAAAAUCUCAAAGUCAAGUCAAGUUUGGGGACAAAACACAACACAAAGAUCACAGUGGAAGAACAGGGGUUGCCAGAACUAAAAUCAAAUGCCCAGCUUCACCAUAUCAUAUCUCAUCUAUGACUGUCUACCAAAAAGAUGGAGGCAAAGGAUUUGUAAGUUACAAGGUUAAAGAGGAGAAAAAGCUUGAAGAACCUGCUGCUGAUGACAGUGAAAGUAAUUUUCCAUCCUCCAAUCUGAGAACCAAAUGGUUCCUCUCCACCAACCAGUGGCAGGGGUUCAUACCUUUGCAGAAACCUGGCAUAGACUCGUUGUGCAAUGAGGAGAUAAGAGACAUCGAGCAACUACCAACAUGCACUGAUGACGGGACUGAUUCCACUGAAAUGUCACCCACAGUGUGUGAAAGCUUGGAGAAAAUGAAAGAGAACCAUUCACUCUUUUAUAAGAUUGCAUGCGACAUCAGUAUCUCAGACACAGACAUAACAAAGAAUGAUGGGAAUACCGAUGUCCAAAUGUCAUGUAGGCCAGAAGAGGAAGAAAAACUGUUGAUCGCUGAAUCUGCACGUGAUGAUGCAACCAGUAAUGCUGGGAGAUCUCCUGACCAAGAGAGCAAGGAUUCCAGCCUACGUUUGCCAUCAGAUGUUGAUCAAAACACCUUCUCAACUGAUAACAAACUCCAAGAUUCAACCCUGGAAACCCGGGACAAAGUAGCGUUAAAUACCUCAGCCAGUCCAGCAAAAGAAACACGUGUUUAUGUAGAGAUCAAACAUAAAGAAUGUGAGGCCACCUCAAGGCAAGAGAGCCUGUUGAAAGUGAAAGAAACUAAUCAUGGAACUCCUGCCCAAGAUGCUGAUUCUAGCCAGGCCCUGGACGAAUGUGCAAAGACAAAAGGAGAACACAGUUGGGUGAAAGAGUCAGAAGAGAGCAAGGUGGACCAAGGGAGAUCUGAGGAGUUGAAGAAAUCUAGUAGUUCAAGUGAGGAGAACAAAGAGACAGUCCAAAAACGAGGCGAAAACAACUCCGUCACGCCGCUCAGGUCUGUGUAUGAGGCCGGAAGCAUGAUUCGGCGUGCGUCUUUUGGGAAGGCACGAGUAACGGUAUUAAGGACAAGUUUGUAGGAGCAAGAACAGUGGUGGCUUAAGGAGCUUAAAUGAACGAACUUGGGAAGGACAAGAACAGUUAAGGGAUUUAUGGUAAAGGAAAAUGCCCCAGGAGGCGGACUUAGAAUGAUGGAAAGAAACUUUCCUAAGUUGAAUUAGAAGUGUUAAAAUGGGAACAUUAAAUAUCAGAAAUGGACAUAAUCUUUGGUAAACUUCAACAUUUCCAUUAAUCAUAGUAUGUGGAUUGAAAUGGAUGCAAAUAAAACAGUCUUAAGAAAAUUUCAUCCAAACAUAAACUAUGUACUCAAGUAUAGUGUUGUUCUUAAAGUUGGUAGACAUCAAAUAUCUUAUGUAUAGUUGCAGUCAAAUACAUGCCCAGAAUUUGAGGUUAACACUUUCAUUCCUCUCCAAAUAUACAUCUAACAUAACAAAGAAACUAUAGAUGAUGGCUGCGUAUGGAAGGCAACAUAACCCUGCUAUUGCUACUGUAAUAAAAUGUGUUUUGUAUCUCAAAUAUCCUGAUUAAUAAAAAU